UUACGAGUUGUCGCACGAUUCCGCCUCGAAUUCCCCCUUUCCAGUUCGAGACUUCUCCCUUCAAGCAGCUGUAGCAACUUCAUCUCGGCCGGACAUGGGGCGGCGCAAGCCUACAGUAUCCAAGCACGCUGCACUGUUCUCAGAUGAGCGCGUGGUAGUUGGUGUGGAUGAUCUGGUGCUGCUGCCGUCCGUGAGCGAGACUUCCAUCCUAGAGAACCUCAAAAUGCGUCACGCAGCUGACGUCAUCUACUCGUACAUUGGCCACGUCUUGGUGGUCGUAAACCCAUACAAAUGGCUGGACAUCUACGGCGAGGAUAGUAUGCACGCCUAUAUGCACAAGGCGCGCAUCGAUGUGGCCCCGCACGUGUUCGCCACGGCCGAAGAGACAUACCGCACCAUGUUGAGCGAGGAGGACAACCAGUGCGUAAUCAUCAGCGGUGAGAGCGGUGCUGGCAAGACUGAGGCCUCCAAACAGAUCCAGAACUACAUUGCAGGCGUCAGUGGCAGCGGCGCGGGCGUCGACAAGGUUAAACGCACUUUUCUGGAGAGCAACCCGCUGCUCGAAGCUUUUGGCAACGCCAAGACUCUACGUAACAACAAUUCUAGUCGCUUCGGAAAGUACUUUGAGCUGCUCUUCGACUCAGCGGGACGGCCGCAAGGCGGUAAAGUGACCAAUUACCUGUUAGAAAAGUCUCGCGUUGUCAAACCGGGCAAAGGAGAGAGGAAUUUCCACAUUUUCUACCAAGUUCUAGCUGGAUUACCUACUGCAGCUAAGCAGAAACUCUAUUUGGAUCGAGGUGGACCCGAGAGCUAUCACUACCUUAAAAUUAGUGGCUGCUAUGAUGUGGACGACGUCAACGACACUCAGGAGUUCGAAGAGACCAUGGCAGCCAUGCAGCAUGUGGGCAUCAAGCGCAAACAGAUCGAGCUUGUAAUCCAGACUCUAGCAGCGGUGCUGCAUAUUGGCAACGUGCAGUUCCAGCCUGAGACCGUGGGGGAUGCAGAGGGUUCAUCUCUUCGAGAUCGUGAAAGCUUACGAAUUGCGUGCGAGCUGCUGGGACUGGAUGCCGCGAAACUGGAGCAUGCAUUGUGCUUCAAAUUGCUGCAAACAAUGGCGCCUGGAGGCAAGAUUGAGUCGUACGAGGUGCCACAGAAUACCAGCCAAGCUAAAUCUCAGCGUGACUCUAUAGCAAAGGCUGUGUAUGACCGACUAUUCGACUUUUUGGUGGAACGUGUAAACCAUGCGCUGGAUAUUGAGAAGAAAGCGGAAAAACAUGGUGAGAUCUUGGAAAUUGAAGAUAUGACCACGAUCGGUAUCUUGGAUAUCUACGGGUUUGAAAUCUUCGACAAGAAUGGAUUCGAGCAGUUCUGCAUCAACUACGUGAACGAGAAAUUGCAGCAGAUUUUUAUUGAGCUCACACUUAAAAGCGAACAGGAGGAAUAUGCGCGUGAAGGUAUUGAAUGGGCGCCGAUCCCGUUCUUUAACAACAAGGUUGUGUGCGAUUUGAUUGAGGCGCGACGUCCUACGCCUGGAAUUUUCCUGAUUCUGGACGACACGGUUAAGACGAUGCAUUCCCGCCAGGGAGAGAGCGUGGAUGCGAAUUUCUUGGAUAAAGUUGCGGGUAUUCACGGCUCACAUCCGCAUUUCUCGAAGCGUGGAAAGACUUUCGAGAUCAAACAUUACGCAGGUGACGUGCAGUACAACAUUGACGGCUUUGGAGAUUCUAACAAGGACUUUUUGAGCAAGGACAUCGCACUCAUCAUCAGCGAGACGUCCAACAAACUCAUGCGAUAUAUCUUCCCCGAAGAGAUCGACCUCAACGACAAGCGCAUGGCGAACACGGCAGGAUACAAGAUUCGUACGCAGUGUGAAGCACUUGUGACGGCGUUGAUGGACUGCACGCCUCACUACGUGCGCUGUAUCAAGUCCAACGAUCAGAAACAGCCGAACAAGAUGGAUGACCGUCGCGUAAUCCAUCAGAUUAAAUAUCUGGGUCUGCUUGAGAAUGUGAAGGUCCGUCGAGCCGGCUACGCUUACCGUGGAGACUAUGGACGCUUUGUGGAUCGUUUCCGUCUACUGAGCAAGGAGACAUACCCGGAAUUCCGUGGAUCAGACAAGAAGGGCACACAAGCAGUACUACGCGCCGCGGUGAAGUCGCUACCACAGUUAGAGACCGAAGUUCAGCUCGGAAAGACAAUGGUGUUCAUCCAGACACCUGAAACUUUUUUUGAGCUUGAGAAACUACGAGAGAAGAAGCUCGGAUCGUUUGCCAUGCGCAUUCAGAAGGCGUGGAAGAAAUACUUUGGUCGGCGGCAUUUACUGCAGCUGAGUCACGACAUUACGAAGUUGUACACGUCGAACAACAAGCAGAGACAACGUGUGAGUAUUUACCGUCCUUUUGAUGGAGACUAUUUGCGCGAUAGUACGAUUCGCGAAGUGGUUAUGGGGAUUAUUCAGCACUAUGGAGAUUCCGAGAAGAUCGUGUUCAUGGACGAGGUACAGAAAGCCUGUCCGAUCGCUGGAGUGUCUCCUGAUGGAUCUCCUAUUGCAUUGGUAGGACGAAUUCUGAUCAUUACGGACCAGUAUUUGUAUCUGAUGGAGAAGCGCACAUGGCAACCUGUAGUGGAUCCGAAGAGCAUGUGGGUACCCCCGUUGGUUUACCUUCGUCGUCGUCUUCGGUUGACUGCAAUAGAAGAGAUCACGAUGAGUACAUUGGCAGACCCAUAUUUCGUAUUGAAGGUGCAUCAAGAACCGCUACUUCUCGAGCCGAACAAGAGCAACUGGGCGGACAACAAAUCUACGAUGGUUUGCAUGGCGACUGGCAAGAAAUUCGGGCUGUUUAAUCGGCGUCACCACUGUCGGUACACUGGCAAAAUCUACUGCAAUGACGUGUGCAAGCAACUGGAAGUGGUGCCGGACCUUGGAUUUUACACGCCAGUGCGCGUGUACGACAAAGUAAUUGGACUCAUGUCCACAGAGAUGCCUGAAGACCAGCUACUACUGUCCGAGAAGAAGACCGAAAUCGCUGUCACGCUUGUGGACGCUAUUCGCUCCUUGGCCAGUGUCGUGACACCGAUCAGUUUCAGCGAUUCUAUUCGUCUGCGUCGUGCAGCGAGUGCUGGACUGUCGAAGACGCCACCACAACAGAUUCAGUUCGUGUCGUCAGGCCACGACAGAAUCACAGGAGAUAUCAACAACGUGCAGAUUCAAGUAGCACCAGGCGUUCCCGAUGAGUACAUUCGCAAGCGUCGUAAACGCGAGAAGGCUCGUCGUAAGAAACUGGAAAGGCAGCGCGAGGAAGAGCUGGCAAUUCGAGCCCAACGUCAUGCGCAACGCAGCCGUGAACGUGAAGCGGAGCGUCUGCGUCGUGUCGCCGAAAAGAAAGCCAAAAAGCAGGCAGAGAAGGAAGCUCGAAAGCAAGCAUUGACGUCAAGAAAGUCGGCCAAGGCGUCGAUGGAAUCAGUUCGGAAGUUUGGCGAAAAUGUACAGAGCUCGUCAUCGAAUGGAGGGAUUGGAGGAGCCAACAGCGAGUUGGCUGCCAUUCUUGCGCGUCGUCGUGGAGCAUAAACUACUUUACACAAAGAGAUACUGGAAGAGGGUUGAGAAAAGAAGUGCACAACAACAAAAAUGAACUACACCACAAUUUUUGACACUACAAACAGUUAGAUUACAUUGGUGCUUACAUGUACAGCUUGCGGUAGCUUAGAAGUCGACGGACUGCACCGGCAAGUGGUUGAUACCCACUGGUGUUACCUUGGUGCAAUACCAAAGGUUGAUAGACGAGAGGUUGACGAGAGUUUUCAAGUGUUCAAGUCCCCUAUCCGUAAUGUCUCCACACUCGGACAAAUUCAACGACGUUAGCGACGUGACCUUACCCAGAGUCAGCAGGCCUUCGUCGGAGAGGAGACAGCAAUUUCCGAGAUCUAGUGAUGUGAGAUUUGGCAUGUUAAGGAAGACCAAGAGACUCGCAUCGGUCAGCUUGGAACAGCUUGCCAGAUCGAUCGACUGCAACUUCGUCAGUGUUGACAAGUUCAGGAUACCUGCAUCCGUGAGCUUGUUGCAGUACCAGAGCACCAGAGUCUCAAUCUCCGUCAUCUGUGCAACAGUUUCAGUAGCCUUGUCCGUGAGAAGACGGCAAUUAGCAAGGUUCAGUGUCUUCAAGCGCGUGAGUUUUGCGAGAUGAGCGACACCAUUGUCAUCGAUGCGGUUGCAGCGCAUGAGAUUAAGGUUAGUGAGGUUGUGCAGCUCACCGAUCCCAAGCAAAGCCUUGUUACCAACCUGACGGCAAUUCGAAAGAUCCAAGAUCACCAGUGAGCUCAAGUUAGACAGUGCUGCGAUGCCUUCAUCUCGGAUGCCAGAGCAGCCACCCAAGUAGAGCGACUUGAGCCGAUUAAGUUUGGAGAGUUCGCUGAGACCCUCAUCAGUGACGUUGAAGCAGUUCACCAUAUCUAGCGACGUGAGAUUGCGGAGCUUCGCGAUGGACUGUAACCCUCGAUCAGUAACUUUGCCACAUUUCAUGAAAUUCAGGAAACGCAUGUUGGUCAGAAUCUCCAUGUGCUGAAAAGUUAUGUCGCCGAUCUCGCUGCAGUACCAAAGAUUGCACGAUGCCAACUUUGGGAAAUUCACCAGCACCUCGGAACCCGAAUCGGUGAUAUUGUAACAUCCUGCCACGUCCAACGUGAUAAGGUUGACCAGUGGUGCUAGAGCUAACAACCCACGAUCUGUGACUUCUCCAACGUUGGCAAUCUCCAAGUGUCGGAGGUUGACAAGCGAACUGAGUGAGCUGAUGCCUUCGUCCGUGAGCUGGGUGCAGUUUGACAAAUUCAGGCUUGUAAGCGAUGUCACUUCUGCCAAUGCGGAGAUACCGACGUCUGUGAGAGCUCCUUGGUUGCAAUACCACAAAUUGAGCGUCUGGAGAUUCUUGAGCUGAGCAAGCGCACGGAUUCCGUUGUCACCGACCUGGUUGCAGCCGCGGAGACUCAAAUAGUUCAGCUUCGGUAGAUUGGUGGCGAUAGCAGUGAUACCCUCGUCACUCACGCCUUUGCAGUAUCCGAGAUUGAGCGACAUGAGCGAUUUCGACUGGGAAUUGGCGAGUAAGUUGAUGCUGCUGUCAGUCACCUGGUAGCACCCUUUCAGCGCCACGGACGUUAGUCCAGACAGCAUAGCGAGCUGCUCGACGGAUUCAUCGGUGAGGUUGGAACAACCUGUUAGGUUAAUCUCCUUUAAGUGGGGGAACUGCAUCGGGAGGAUCAUCAUAUUAUCGUCUAGAAUCACCUUCCGCGCAGGGAUAAACGAGAGCGCGAGUGUUGCGCGACCCACUUCUCGGCAGAUUGACUUGUUCGUGAACAUCAAACGGUAGAUCUCGUCAACUCGCAGAUACGGGACGACAAUGUGCAGUGCGGGUGCGAUAUCUAGCAAUCCGUUUAUGCUGCUAUUGACGCCGUCAUCGAUCGUCUCCAUGAAGCUGCUGCAUCUGCUGCGACCUGUGGAUGACGACGCUCUUGAUUCUGAGCGCUCCCGACGUCCGUCUCCUUCAGCGACUUUAGCUCCUUGUAUCGUUUGUCGCCAGCGGUUGAACAUCUUAUUCCUCCACACAUACAUGAGUCGGUCAUAAACACACGAGCAGCACUCGUCCAAGUCCUUGCGCAUCCGCUCGACACUUGUUGGCUUGCCUUCGUCAUCCCCACACUCCAUUGCACCGCGGUCGUGGUCGUCUGCGUCCAUGUUGCACUUACAUGACGAGCAGAUCAACUCCAGCUCCUCCGUAGUGAAUGCUGACAGGGAUUGAGGAUUCAACCGGGUCAUUGUACUUGGAGACAAUUGGGAUCUCUCUCGACCGUCGAGUGCUUUGGGGAUUCCGAAGUGGCGAAAUCACGGUCGAGACUGCAUGGUUAAUACCGGGUAAUUGAAGCUAGGAGCAACGAGGUGGAAAGGCACCAGGCUGCAGGGCACAUGUCGCUCUAUGCCAUCGGCGGCACAGAGCUUGGGGCAUGCAGCAGAUACCAUCUGAUGUAGCGUCCUCGGAAUGAUAAUCAGGUUUCUGAGUCAGAUUUCAGCUGUU